UUUGCUUCCUGUCUGGCGGAGGGAGGGGUCGGUGCUGACGGCUGGAGCCAGUGGGAGGACGAGUUGAACGUUAAGAAAGCCUUGGGAAAGCGAUAAGAAACGAGGGGAAAGGGCCCGAGGUUUUUACCUUCCAUCGGGAAAACUUGACUCUGAUUAGCACCCGAAGCAAAUGCAAUGUCGUCCAGUCGUCAGCUUAGUGAGAGCAGGGCCAUCCCGACCAGGACGGUGCUGAUCAACGACUCAACGCAGCUACCUCACGACUAUUGCACCACUCCCGGAGGCACUUUAUUCUCCACCACCCCGGGAGGAACCCGAAUAAUCUAUGAUCGCAAGUUUCUGUUAGACCGGCGUAACUCACCCAUCGCCCAGACCCCACCAGCACACCUGCCGGUUAUCCCAGGAGUGACAAGCAAGGACGUCCUGAAUGAAAACAAGAGGAAUAAGGCUAACAACAUCAACAACCAUGAUGCCAAGCCUAGGCAAGGUGAAGAUGCUCAGUUUGAGAUGGACAUCUAAAGAAGAGGAACCAACGUGAAGAAUGAUUAAUUACCUGGUACCUGUGUGCCAGUGGCUUGGCUUGUAGAAACCAAUGUUGUGAGCCCUCUCCUUUAGUUCUCUCUAGCUGCUGGGUGCUGCGUAAUCAUGGGGAUAAAAGACUAAAAGUUUGCCCAGUGGUGCUGCUGGCGCCCUGAAAGUUAACCUGGGAGCCUGUUGAGCUCUUUUUGUUUAGGUUUCAGGGCAGCCAUCAGCUGUACUUGCUUAAGUCACAGAGCAAGGGAAAAAUUCUGUAUUGUAAGUGCCCAGAUAUGUUACCAAUUUACCGUAAUAGACUCAUAAACAAAUCAGCCAUCAGAGAUUCACUGCUGAUAGAUCAGAGUACACUGUUCCAGUUGAUACUCUUACUGCAGUCUCCUUGGUUCACAUGUAAACUGAGUUGCACUCAAGUCAGGAAAUGCAGUUAUCUGCAUGUACAUGUCCUCCCAAAUGUAAGAUCUUUUUUUUUUUUCUCCAUCCAAAACAAUUACUGGAUCUCUUUUUUCUAGUUUUAUUUAAAAGGGACAGUAGGAUUGUCAUCAUACUUUUGAUUAAAAGAAUGAAAGGAUUCCGUAUUCAUUCCAAGUCUUUUAUAUCAGUUAAAACAGUUGACUUUUUUUCUAGAUUUUUAUUUUCAGGUAUUUGUUCAGCUCAGAAAAAUAGUUGUAUAGAAUUGUCCAAAAACAGAUCACAGACCUUAAUUACUCCAUUCAAGUUAUAUAGGAUUACAAUGCCAAACAAAUUUUCUAGUUUUAUUUAGAACUACCCCAGAAUAAGCAUUUCAGUCUGUAGUCUUCUCAUUUCCUUUCGCCCUUUUAGCUGGUUAAUUUUAAGUAAUAACAUCUGAUUGCAAUUUUGAAAGACCGAACUGUUACUUUAGGUCAGAGAGAAUGUUUCUGUUUUGCUAGCAGUAUGAUUUGUACCUACCUUUGCAUGGCGAGACAGUUGAAAUGUCAACAUCAUCUCUUAAUUCACAUCGUCUAGUUAAAGGUAGACAAUACCAAGUACCGUUGAACUGAACAAGUGUUUAAUAUACUUUAUGAAACGAUGACAAAAAGAGAGCUGGUCUCAGGAAGCACUUGCAUUAUGUACCUCACAAGUACACAUCUUAUGGCUCCGUUCAUGGGAGAAAUAGCAUGGUGAAUAUUUAACAUUAAUAUCAGCUGUGACAUCUACUGUCACUCUCCGAUUACUACAAUCCUUACGAACCUUGAUAAUCAAAUCAAAGGUAGGAAAGCACUGAAGUGUUGUUUUGGUCAUUUUACUAUUGUCUGUCUCACAGCCACACAAUGUGAACGAUCCUUUGAAAGAUGGAUAGUUUUGUAGUGACCAGACAUUCAUAUUUUGAUUCAGAUCAAACAUCUUGAAAACUUGAAUUGAAUCUUUCCAAUGCUCUAUGCAUGUUCUUUUGGUCGGCUUUUUAGUCUUUAGUUCACAGAUCAUUUAUAUGUUAUUGAGUUUUUUUGGGAUGCCAAAUCUUGUGGAAAAUGAGAAGGUUUGAUUAAUAUUGAAAUAGAAUUAAGCAAAGAGAUUAUCCAAACAAAGUGACUUAAAGAGGAUAAGGCUUAUUCUCAUGACUUUAAUUGUCUUGUUCUGUGCUCUGGUCAUUCUCUGAAGCACAGAAUCUCUCUCUCUCUCUCUCUCGCUCUCUCUCUCUCUCUCUCUCUCUCUCAGCAAUCUCUUGUGCUUAGCCUCUGUAUCCAUGCCUUACUUUACUAAGCUGAGCAGCUGUGUCAAAUAUAGUUCCCUUUCAUACCUUAAAUACAGGAUCAGUUCCUUUCUGUUUGAUUUCUUUCCAACUUUCAAGUUGAGGAUAAGAUCAAGAUAUUGCUAUGUUUUACUAGAAAACAUUAUAUUUUUGGAAACAUGUUAGUUAUUAUUUACUUUCUUACAGAGAUGGAAAUAUUUGCAGAUACAGCAGUGUAAUAUUUGUAAUAGUAAUGGACUGGUUAAAAAAUAAACACGGUUUAGGUUCGACUUUGAUCGGUUGCAGUUAACGUUCUAUAAAAUAUUCAAUAUUGGUGAAAUCCUUGACAAUUAGAUGCACAUUUUUAUUUUUGGUUUGAUUUAUAGACUUUUGUAUAAGUCAUAUUGAAGUAAUAAUGAUUUGUAGUAAAGGGAAGUUGAUAUACUGUCCUUCUGUAAUAGAUUGGUCAAAUCCCAGCUUGUUUCAACUCUGAAGUAUGGACAUUUAGUUGCCUUUUUUUUUCUUUCAAAAAAAUAAAAAAAAAGCAUCACUGCUUACUUUUUCUUCAUACUUAACCCCAGAUCUCAGAAACUUUCAGAAAUGCAUGUAGCUCUCUGUUUGAUGGGAUUUAGGAUGAACGUUUUAUCUAAUGUGACAGAAAUUGGAAACUGUAUUUUCUUUCUUUGAGACCCUGUUCAAUUUAAUUUUAAUGAAAUGCCAAUGCCAGUGGAUACUGUUACAGCAAGAUCAAUAAAAGUUCCUUGAUAUCAA